AUGCCGGUUAGGAUAACGAGGAAAACAGCAGCUAGGAAUCAGGAACUGGGUGAAAUGUUAAAAAAGGAUGAUGACUCGUCUGAGGAAUCUUUACAGGAAGUUUUAGCAGCAUUACGCGUCUCCAAUGAUUCGAAAUCCGAGCAAGCAAAAGAUAUCGCAGUUGCUGAUUUGGGUAAGAAAAAUGGCAGAAAGGAGGGUAUGCAGACGCGGAGGGCUGCUUUGAUGGAUAUGAAAAAUGUGGUUAGAAAUGAAGAUGUGGAAACUAACAAACAUGCUAAAGAGGAGUCGCUUUUUUCGCGCGCUAAUAAACCACUGAAGUCAGCUCCAUCAUCGCCAAAGCGGUCAGACAUAACAGAUUUGAAAGAAACACAGCAUGAAGAUGAGAAAGUGCCACACAAGCACUAUGUUGUAAUAUCUAUAACAGCUAUGUUGCAAAAAGUUGAAAUGCAUGGCAUUUGCGUUCUGAAGAAGUUGGUCUUAUUACAGUUACUGACGAAAUCUCUUCAGGAUUUGGCGCAGCUUGUACCAUCUGUGAAGUGUGAUGACAUUAACAUUCAUAAUCAGCGAGUUUCUGAGAAACCGGUAUCGGAUGAAACUAGUCGAAACGUUGACGGUUUGUGUCAAGCACAGAAGCCAGCAUUAAAACCAUUGCCAUUUCUGCUUGGGAAGCAUUCUCUCGCUGGAAGUUUCCACAGAGAAGUCGUAUGCUGCAGGCAGUAUGCGGAAGAUAGUUGGAGUUAUUUGUUUCAGAUCGAAGGAAAGGGAAUUGUUCCCGAAAAUUUCCUAUAUGGAUCUAAAAUCACACCUAAGCAUCGGAUGGUAACAUUGGAUUGGGUCACACGUGUACAAGUCAGUUUCAAGCUGUUGCCAGAAACGCAUAGUGCUACUAUAAAUCUGUUUGAUCGAUGCUUGGCAGCAAGUCGAUAUACACUUGAAAAGCGACAACUUCAACCGAUGAUUCUGGGAUGUGCUGUCGUGGCUGGAAAAUUCGAAGAGAUCUACCCUCCAGAUAUCUCUGAGUAUUUGAACUACUGUGACAGUGCAAAAAAAGAUGUCUUAGAUUCGGAAAUUGUCGUUUUACGCUUGUUGGAUUAUGACCUGAAAUAUCCACGAGCUAUACAGUUCAUUCGUCGGCUCACGGAGCAUUACGAUCUUAAUGUGCACACAAUUGCGAAAACAAUUAGUGAUAUUGGAUUAUAUGAUUACGGCACUUGCCAUUUGAAACCGUCAGUUAAUGCUGCCGUCUCGGUUUACAUGGCAGCUGCGUUAGAAAAUGUCGUAUUUCCAGAAAAGCUGCAUAAACUGGCAAGAAUAUCAAUAAAUGAUAUUGAGCAGCUUGUACCAUUCUUUGCUGUGGCCAUCUUGGAUUUGAUCAGAAAUGAAAGUCACUACAACGCGAUUUAUAAGCGCAUGUUCCUCCAAAGAAAGAUCAAUUUUACUGAUGAACAACUAACUUAUCUCGUGUCUAUGGCCAAUAAAAUUCUCUGA